GCCUUUUAUACGGUUACCCGCCAAAAUAUUUUGUGCAGGAUUUUUUCGACGUCACUUUGCUACAUAAAAAUAUCCAACCGGCGCCCAAUUAUCUUUUCCUCAAGCUAUUCCCAUCUAUCCCACUAUGUCCAAUCUUCCAGAACAAGUACAGGACUUGAAGCUUUCUCAGGAGAAUGUGAUUCUCGGUGCCGACGGACUCCCAUUGUCCAAAAAGGCGUUGAAGAAGCUCGAGAAGGAGGCCGAGAAGGAAAAGAAAAAGGCUGAAAUCGCCGCCAGAAUCGCGCAGGAACAAGCCGAGAGAGCUGCAAAGGCUUCCGCCGACGAUUUUGCCAAGGCCAGAUACGGUAAGAUGGCCAUGAACAACUCUUCGUUCAAGACCGGUGUCCGGCGCGUGAAGUUGGACACCUUGUCUGCGGCUAACGACGGCCAGGAGGUUGUCUUCAGAGCUAGAGUCAACAAGUCGCGCCAGCAGGGUGCCACCAUGGUGUUCCUCUCGUUGCGCCAGCAGACUGAGUCUAUCCAGGCGUUGGUCAAGGCGGAUGAGACCACCAUCUCCAAGCCUAUGGUCAAGUGGGCUUCCUCCAUCAACUUGGAGUCCAUUGUGUUGGUGCAUGGUAUUGUCAAGAAGGUUUCCGAGGAAAUCAAGUCUGCCACCAUCCAAGACGCCGAGAUCCAGGUCACCAAGAUCUACACCAUUGCUGAAACCCCACAGCAGUUGCCUAUGUUGAUUGAGGAUGCCUCCAGAUCCGACGCCGACGCCGAGGCUGCUGGUCUUCCGGUGGUCAACUUGGACACCAGAUUGGAUUCCAGAGUGAUUGACUUGAGAACUGUAACCAACCAGGCAAUCUUCAAGAUCCAGGCCGGUGUGUGUGCGUUAUUCAGGGAAUUCUUGAUGAAGAACAACUUCACGGAGAUCCACACCCCAAAGAUCAUUGCGGCUGCAUCUGAGGGUGGCUCCAACGUCUUUGAGGUCUCGUACUUCAAGGGCAAGGCCUAUCUCGCACAGUCGCCACAAUUGUACAAGCAGCAAUUGAUCGCCGCCGACUUUGAGAGAGUUUUCGAGAUUGCGCCAGUCUUCAGAGCCGAAAACUCCAACACCCACAGACACAUGACUGAGUUCACCGGUUUGGAUCUCGAGAUGGCGUUCGAGGAGCACUACGACGAGGCCAUUGACAUGUUGGCCGACUUGUUUGUCUUUAUUUUCUCUGAAUUAAAAACCAGAUACGCAAAGGAGAUUGCUACCGUCAGAAAGCAGUUCCCUGUGGAAGAGUUCAAGGUCCCAGCCAGCGGUGAGAUGGUGAGAUUGCACUUCAAGGAGGGUAUCCAGAUGUUGAGAGACGCCGGUAAGGUCGUGGACGACUUCGAGGACUUGUCCACCGAGCAUGAAAAGUUCUUGGGGAAGUUGGUCCGCGAGAAGUACGACACAGACUUCUACAUCUUGGACAAAUUCCCAUUGGCCAUCAGACCAUUCUAUACCAUGCCAGAUGCUGAGGACCCACGCUACUCCAACUCCUACGACUUCUUCAUGAGAGGCGAGGAAAUUUUGUCGGGUGCCCAACGUGUCCACGACUCUGAGUUUUUGAAGGAGAGAAUGGCUGCACACGAAGUUGACUCUGACGUGCCGGGCCUCAACGACUACAUCGAGGCCUUUUCCUACGGCUGUCCUCCGCACGCCGGUGGUGGAAUUGGUCUCGAAAGAGUCGUCAUGUUCUUCUUGGAUUUAAAGAACAUCAGAAGAGCAUCCUUGUUCCCACGUGACCCUAGACGUGUCCGUCCAUAGGUUUGUAAUUAAACAAGUUAUUCAGAGGAGAUUUGAACAAUGGUUAAUGGAGUUGGCGUAAGCAGUUGGCGUAUAAGUUGGAAAAAAUUAUAUAGCUAAGGAUGUCGCCAGUACAUCGGUGGAUGGGUUUUUUAGAGAGUCAAGCACGGGGAGAAUUUCUAGGCGUACAUUACCUUUGAAUAAAUAUGGUCCAUAUACUUAUUUCGAGUUGUUGUUAGCCAC